AUGUCUAAUGCGGGAAAACCUGCGGUGAACGCACCAUUCCCUAGACGCUUGAUGAAGAGGAAUGAUGAACAACAAUUUAAGCAUUUUCUUGAACUCCUAAGGCAACUGCAUAUCAAUAUUCCACUUAUAGAGGCCUUGGAUCAAAUGCCAAAAUAUGUCAAAUUUUUUAAGAACAUUUUGACGAAGAAAAGGAGAGUCAGCGAGAUGGAGGUAAUUGUGCUAACGCAGGAAUGCAAUGCGUUAGUAAGCAACAGUCUACCCAAGAAACAGAAGGACCCUGGGAGCUUCACAGUUCCGUGCUCGAUAGGAGGGUUGGAUGUGGGACAUGCGUUGUGCGAUUUGGGAGUAAGAAUUAAUCUCAUGCCACUCUUAAUCUUUAAGAAACUGGGAAUUGAUGAAGCACAACCCACUUCUGUUACUCUUCAACUCGCUGACAGAACAAUCAAAUACCUUGAAGGAAAGAUUAAAGACGUUCUGGUAAAAGUUGACAACUUCAUAUUCCCAGCAAAUUUUAUCAUCUUGGACUAUGAAGUAGAUAGGAAUGUACCAAUUAUCCUUGGACGCUCCUUUCUAGCUACUGGAAAAGUUUUAAUAGACGUGCAUAAAGGAGAAUUGACUAUGCGUGUAGGCAAUCAUGAGGUGAAGUUUAAUGUGUUAAACACAUUAAAAUUCCCAAACAGUGAAGAAUGUCAACUGAACAGUAUAGAGUUGCCUGAAGAAGAAGUGACCUAA